CAUUUUAUCUCUCCAACUGCGACGUGGCAAUCUUCGGAACUCAGCAGCUCAAGCUCUCUCCCACUCCUAUACGGAUUCUUGGUGGAGAUUUAACUUCACUUUCGCAGCUUCUUCCCGGUCCCACCGCCGCCGGCCGGCCGGCGAGAAUUAUGGUUUGCAGUAGGGCAGAAAUGAAGUUAUAGGAAGGAAAAGGGAACGAGAAAUGCAGGGAUUGGUGGUUCAGUCGCCGUUCGUUUCAAGAGGGAAGAAGCUUCCCUUCUCGCCUUUGCUCGAUUCUUUGCCAAGUUGUUCUGCUUCUGGCAGUGUACCUGGAAAGACUGUAUCAACAUCGCAGAGAUGCAGAAGAGUAACGAGAUUGAGCGGGACGUUUGGUGAACUCCGGGCACAUUCUUCGAAUGUAAGCAUCGGAUCCGAUGGAUACAAGCACGAGGAGGAAAAGGAGGACCAGCAUGUAAUUUCCAGUAGUGCGCCUGCAGAUAGUAGUUCCUCUAAAACUGAGAAGUCUCCAAAUGGAUUGCCUUAUCCACUUUCUAUUGCGCUAGUACUAUUUGGAUGCAGUUUAGUCUUCUCGCUGAUUGCCUUUGUGAAAGGAGGGCCUUCAUCAAUCUUAGCAGCAGUUGCGAAGUCAGGAUUCACUGCUGCAUUCUCAUUAAUAUUUGUCUCUGAAAUUGGUGACAAGACAUUUUUCAUUGCUGCACUCUUGGCCAUGCAAUAUAAGAAAGGACUGGUUCUGUUAGGAUCUAUGGGAGCACUUUCACUUAUGACAGUCCUCUCAGUUAUAAUUGGACGAAUAUUUCACUCAGUACCUGCUCAGUUCCAGACAACCUUACCAAUUGGGGAAUAUGCAGCAGUAACUCUUCUAUUUUUCUUUGGUAUCAAAUCCAUUAAAGAUGCAUGGGAUCUUCCCGCUAGUGUUCCUAAACAUGGUAAUGAGAGUGGCCCAGAACUCGAUGAAUAUGCCGAGGCAGAGGAGCUUGUUAAAGAAAAGGUUUCAAAACAGCUCUCGAAUCCCCUUGAAAUCAUCUGGAAGUCGUUCAGCCUUAUAUUUUUUGCCGAAUGGGGUGAUCGCUCAAUGCUCGCAACCAUUGCACUUGGAGCUGCACAGUCUCCAUGGGGUGUGGCCACGGGAGCUAUUACUGGGCACCUAAUUGCAACUACCAUUGCCAUUCUGGGAGGAGCAUUUCUUGCCAACUACAUUUCUGAAAAACUGGUCGGCUACUUGGGUGGUGCACUCUUCUUAAUUUUUGCAGUAGCAACAUUCUUUGGAGUUUUCUGACACUGUUCUUCCGAUCGCACGACAUCGACUUCUUCUAUGCCCCAUUGCCAAGCAAGCCGAUGCCAUUCGGAAACCUGACGCUAGUAGCCACAGAGAGUAAAGGAAGAAAGUGGCUUAACUUUCCCUCGGAAACGUAUCAUAUCUUAUUAUUAUUCACAGGCUUCAGAAUUCAGAUUUUGUGUGCUUGUCAUGAACAAUUUUUCCCAAACGGUACGUAGUGAAAUUUAGAUUUUUGCCAAUAAAAUACAUUCACUGUUGUAUUUCAAAUGGGAAAUGUGCCCUGUCCUUCUCUAGUUGUUAUCUGUUUGCUUUUUCUCUGCUCUCUCUUAAUCGUGUUUUCCACUCAAAAAAGAUUGAGUGAUGCCCUAGUGGUAAACCUAUGACUUGCCAA